UUAAACUGAGCGUCGUUGUACAUGCCGGUCUGCGGUUACGUAUUUUAUAGUGACAUUGUUCAAAGAUUUGAAAAUUUUUUUUAAGAUGACAAAUAAAACGAUUGUUAACUUGGCUAGAACGUCCAAAGUGUUCCAACCUUUACGGAGCGGAAUAUUUGAUGAUAAAGAUAAGAAAGAGAUUUUAUCCAAAAGUUAUAAGUUAAUGAUUAAUUAUGGGAUCAUUAAACCAGUUAGCACUGGCAUGUACUCAUUGUUGCCACUGGGAAUGCGAGUAUUAAAUAAGUUAAUCAAUAUUGUUGAUAAGGAAAUGACAAAUCUUGGCGCAGAAAAAAUAAUGCUACCAGCGUUAACUCCUGCUAAACUGUGGAAGAAGACUGACAGAUAUAACUUGAACAAACCUGAAUUGUUUACAGUUAUUGAUAGACAUGAUAAAGAAUAUAUUUUAAGUCCAACAUAUGAAGAAGCAAUUUGUGACUUGGUGUCAAUGGAACAAAUUUAUGACAAAUCAUUACCUUUGAGAUUAUAUCAAAUUUCUAACAAGUGGCGAGACGAAAUGAAACCACGGCACGGCCUUCUACGUAGCAGAGAAUUGAUCAUGAAGGACUUGUACACAUUCGAUACUACCUUGGAUAAUGCACGAAAUACAUACGAUUUGGUUUGCAAAGCUUAUAAUAAGAUUUUUCAGCAGAUUGGCAUAGAUCAUAUAAAGGUUAUAGGUGAUGUUGGAACAAUUGGAGGUUUGUUAUCGCACGAAUACCAUUAUGUAUCCGACAUUGGCGAAGACGUUAUAUUUCGGUGUUCCUCGUGUGAUUAUAGUGUCAAUCAAACCAUUUCUGAAACAACCAUUUGUCCCAAGUGUAAAGACGAAUUACACCGGCACAAUUCUGCUGAGGUAGGACAUACGUUUUUAUUAGAUACAAAGUAUUCGAAACCGUUGAAAGCGAUGUACGUGAAGAAUAACGAGUUAAAACCUAUGACAAUGGGCUGUUACGGUCUGGGACUAAGUCGUAUUUUAGCGUUAGUCAUUGAGAUCUUAUCGACAAACAGUGAGAUGAGGUGGCCUGUGAACUUAGCACCGUAUACGGCAUACAUUAUACCUCCGAAGGCUGGGAGUAAAGAAGAAAAUACAUCUGCCUAUGUUGAACAACUGUUUGAGAUUCUCCGCCAACACGAUAUAGACACGAUAUUGGACGAUCGUACGCAGUUCACAAUCGGCAAGCGAUUUAUGUAUGCGCGUGCAAUAGGCUAUCCUUACGUAAUUGUUAUUGGCAAAGCGGCGACUCAGUCGGUACCUUUGUUCGAAGUUCACGACCUGAAUAAUUCAACCUGUCGCGAAUUAUCGUUGGAACAGAUGAACCAUUAUUUUGGCAAUAUAAAUUUAUAAUGAAUUUAUAAUGAACAAGGA